GAGAGUCUGUCUCAAAAAAAAAAAAAAAAAGAGAGAGAGAGAAGAGAUUAUCCAGAGAGAGGAACACCAAACCAAAAGCUCUGAGAUAGGAAUGUUCUUGGUGGGCUUAAGAAACAGCCAGGAUCCCGUGUGGCCAUAGCGCAGUGAGCAAAGAGGACGGCAGGAAGCGGAGUUGGAACAGUGCCAGGGACUGGGUCUGCAGGGCCUUUGAAGCCAUAUCAAUAAAAUAUGGUUUUAUUCUAUUGGUGCCAGAAAGCCAUAGAAAUGUAAAAGCAGGAGAGAGACAGAAUAGGACAAUCUUUUCUUUUAGGUUUUAAAAGAUUACCCUAUUCAUCGUACGAAUGCAGGGAGAUCAGCUGGAAGAAGAUGGCAGUACCCAGGCCUGGGAUGAUGGUGGUGGAAAUGCAGGAGGUGUGAAGGGCUCAGGUAGCAGACAUAUUUUGAAGUCAGAGCCAGGAGGAUUUGCUGUUAAAAUGAGUGUGGAGCAUGCGAGAAAGAAAGGAGUCAAGGAUGUUUCCAGUGUUUUGUCCUGAGAAACUGGCUAAAUUACAAUGUUUGCAGAAGGUGUUUUGGAACCAAGAGUUUGUUUGCUAAGUUGGAAAUGCCCUUUGGACCUCCAAGUCCUGUCUUGUGUAGGCAGUUGGGAGUACAGUGAAGGGUUUGGUUGGGAGAUAUACGUCGGUAGCAUCCCACAAAUAUGUCAGACUGUGAAACUGGGUGAGAAACUGGAUGAGUGUGGAUGAGGAUGAGAACUCUGAGUAAUGGGAUGCUCCAGUAUUUAGAGUUCCGGAAGAGCAGAAGGUUCCUGCCAAGAAGACUGAGCAGAGGCAGCCUAUGGGAUAGGAGAAAAACCGGGAGAGUGUGGUGUUUCCCGAGCGAAAUGAAGACAGCGUUUCAAGAAGGAAUGGAUGAACUAUGUCAAGUACCCCUGAGAAAGCAAGUGGGCGCAUGAUGAACUGCCCAAAGAUCGUCCAGCAGUUGGGAAGUGAUGUGCUGCUGCCCCUGACGCAUGAAAGGAUAAAUACAAGCAUGAACAAAAGCAUCCACAUUGUCGUCACAAUGGCAAAAUCACUGGAGAACGGUGUCGAGAACAAAAUAGUGUCUCUUGAUCCAUCCGAAGCAGGCCCUCCACGUUACCUAAAAGACCGCUACGGGUUUCAUCUGGAGAACCUGAGCCUGGCUAUCCGGGAAAGCACGAAGAAGGAUGAGGGGUGGUAUUUUAUGACCCUGGAGAAAAAUAUUUCAGUUCAGCGCUUCUGCCUGCAUUUGAAGCUUUAUGAGCAGGUCUCCACUCCAGAAAUUAAAGUGUUAAACCAGACCCAGGAGAACGGGACCUGCACCUUGAUACUGGGCUGCACAGUGAAGAAGGGGGACCAUGUGGCUUACAGCUGGAGUGAGAAGGCGGGCACCCAUCCACUGAGCCCAGCCAACAGCUCCCACCUCCUGUCCCUCACCCUCGGACCCCAGCAUGCUAAAAAUAUCUACGUCUGCACUGUGAGCAACCCCAUCAGCAACAGCUCCCAGGACUUCGUCCCAUGGCUCAGAUGCAGGAAAGACCCCUCAGAGACAAAUAUAUGGCCAGUGUAUGCUUGGCUGUUCUUAGCGGGUGUCAUCAUUAUUCUCAUCAUGAUUGCAAUAAUGCUGCUGAGAAGAAGAGGUAAAACGGACCAUUACCGGACAACAACGGAAAAAAAAAACCUUACGAUCUAUGCCCAAGUCCAGAAACCAGGUUCUAUUCAGAAGAAACUUGACUCCUUCCCGGCUCAGGACCCUUGCACCACCAUUUAUGUUGCUGCCACAGAGCCUGUCCCAGAGUCUGUCCAGGAACCAAAUUCCAUCACAGUCUAUGCUAGUGUGACCCUUCCAGAGAGCUGACAUCAACAACCGAACAAAGGGACUUUCUGAAGGAAAAUAGAAAAACCAAAACGAACACUGAACUUGGCCCCGGGCUGAAGUUCUGGCAGACACGCUACACAUCUGUACCCUUCUUGGAUCAAUACCCUGGUGAUGUUUCUUCCACAUGCAUCUGUGAAAUGAACAAGGAAGUGAGGCUUCCCAAGAAUUUAGCUUGCUCUGCAGUGGCUGCAGGUACAGAACAGAGAAGUACUUGAUAACAGCUUUGCAUCCUUGUGUUGUGGCAGAUGAAAUGGGUAGUGAUGUGAGUUCAGAUUUUGGGCAUCCUGCUCUUGGCUGGAAUUGGAUAAUAAAAACCAAAGACUGAAAGCCAUCUGAGUACCUAUCUCAGACAGUGGACCACCAGGCACAAAGUCUGGAAAAGUUUACAUUUUGGCUGUCUUUACUUUGUUCUGGGAGCUGAUCAUGAUCACUUGCAGACCUGAUCAAGCCUCUGCGCCUCAGUUUCUCUCUCAGGAUAAAGAGUGAAUAGAGGAUGAAGGGUGAAUUUCUUAUUAUAUAUAUAAACACUCUGAUAUUAUUGUAUAAAAGAAGCUAAGAAUAUCAUUAUUUUAUUUGCAAAAUCCAGAAGCUAAAGAGUCAAUAAACAGAAAGAAUGAUUUUUGAGAUCUCUGAGUUUUGAACAGUGGACUGGAAACCAUGUAAGAGCCUUAAAAGUACAGUUCUGUGCAAAUGGUAAUCAGUUUUAAGGAAAAAGUAACACUGUUUGGUGGUGCUGUUACGAAGGAGCUUGGAACACUCAGAGGAACUUGUUUCAGGGUGAUUCUUCACUUCUCAAAAUGACGUUUAAAUCCCAGUUCUCUGUUUAUUCCCUUGAACCACAAACCUGGAGCCUCAGCUAAGACUCUCUCUGACCAGAUUCCGAACUUAUUUUAUAUCCAGGGCUUCAAGGGGUAUUGGAGGUCAAGGUCUUUCUUAGGCACUUUCUACUCCCUGCAUGCCUCUCCUCUCAUGAAAUGUAUCUUCUAGAAGAAAAUUAAGUUAUUUUGGUCUAAGAGCUUCAAAGCACUGAAUGCUCAAUAACUUAUUUUGCAGGCUACAACCAGAAAGAGCCUCUUUUAGUAAAGUCCUAUUUUCUUCCUAUUCUCUGUUUUCAGACAGGCUGUCUUCAAUUUAAGCCCUUCCUUUUCUUAUUGGUUCUUAUAUAAACUUGGCGAGUACUGUAAGAAAUAGCCACUAUCGUACCAUUGCAUAAUAAGGGGCACCAACUUCCCAGCUCAAAACUCAGGUCCUUAUUGCCUUAUAACUCAUCUCCUUUAUGAGGUCCAUUCAUAUUGCAAGCCUGUUGCUUAGCAUAACUCAUUUUCUGGUACCAGCUUCUGUAAUAGAGUUCUUAGUUGCAAUCAGCAGAAACUGGCUUUGGCUUUUUCAUGUAGAAAAGGAGCCUAUUGAAAAGAUACUGUGUCCAGUAACUGCUAGAAGGUUCUGUAAACUAUGCUUUGAAAGUGAGGAGGAAAAGACACUAGGCUAUGGCUCAGUCCAGAGCCAAAUUUACAAAACGAGCCCAGGGAUGGCGAUCCUGUUCUUGGACAGCCACCGUCCCCAGCACUAGGCACAGACUCUACCACUGCUUCACUAUCUCUGCUGGACUUGGAAACUUGAUAUUACUGUUACUGCUGCACUGUCUGCCAUGAAAAUGAAUUCUCCAAGGUCCUGUCUUUAUCUUUUCAUCUCUAGCUUAUAAUUCAAAGUCUGGGAUUGAUUGGCCAAUCCUAGGUCACACGUCCAUGUCCUAUCUCCAAGGGAGGUUGGGAAUUGAAUAUCUGGCAUUUUCCACUUUCACUUCUUAUGAGUUAGGGAAUUUAGAAAUAAUAGAAGUGGGAUUCAGGUGGCAGUCAGACAAAAAAGGUUCACAAUUAUCCACUACGCCACCCUUGUAUAACCUUAGCCUCAUUCGCUAUCUAUGCUUAAGACUGUGGCGCUACUAAUGAAGAUUUGUAAACCCAGGGGUUAUGAGCACUCAAUCCUCUACUACAACUCAGAUUGCUCUAGAAGCUCAGCUCCCGACAUUUGGGUUUUUCCAGUAGCUGAAUUCUACCUGAUGGAAAGGCAGAAACAAAGGGUAAAGAAGAGGCUAUCACUUCUAAGUUUCCUGAACCCCUGGGCUCAAGACCUCAAGAACCACAGGGGGUGGUGUGUGCUGGCUGAGAAGCUACUGUGAAUUGAUUCUUCUUCUGAAGUUUAUGUUUCUAAUUUUUGGAAAUGAAUAAAUUACAGCCAGUCCAUCAAGACCUCACUGGGAAAAGAGUCUUUAGGGCACCCAUCUGACAGCACUGGCAUUAUGCCUCUCACCCCUAGACCAUGGUUACAAACUGGAAAAACAACCCCUUUUGGUCACACACUCACCACUCUCUCGUUGCCCCAAAUGGCACUGUGGGAGUGGUGAGUGGCAAGCGGGAGCUUGCCUUUUCCUCAGGCUUAAAAUAAUAAAAUUGAAAUUUCAGUCUGUUUUCCCCGUGUUUCCCCUCUAAUGCUGUUUUCUUUUGACCAAGCAUGUCUGAAUUCUACAGAAGUCAGGAGGAACACACCCAUUCUCGGUUUGAAGGCACUGAUGUUCUGAAAUACAACUGGGCACAGCCCCAGGCUCUCCAGGACGCUUCCUCCAGUCACACAGCAGGGAUGUGAUUGUUACAGGGGGUGGCGUGUGCUCGCUGAGAAGCUACUGUGAAUUGAUUCUUCUUCUGAAGUUUAUGGUUCUACUUUUUGGAAAUAAAUAAAUUACAGCCAGUCCAUCAAGGAAA